GCUUCACACAGUUUUCUGAGAGGCGUUACAAAACAGUCUCCCAAACUGAGGAAAAAGGCUAAAAAAGCACCGAAUUGAAGAGAAAAAGAGAGAGACAGAGAGCAAAGAGGAGCUAUGGUGGGUGAAGAGAAGAAGAGGCAUCAGAUGAUGCAAAACCUAUUCGGUGACCAAUCCGAAGAGGAGGAGGAAGAAGAAGAGGAGGUUGAAUCCGAACACGAAUCCAAUCGUCAGCCUUCGGAUGACGGGGAUGGAGGCGUGGAACCUGAAGGAGAAGGCGAAGGAGAGGGAGAAGGUGAUGUUGAUGUUGAUGGAGAAGGUGAUGUUGAUGGAGAAGUUGAUGUUGAUGUUGAUGUUGAUGGUGAAGGUGAAGGUGAUGGUGAAGGUGAUGGGGAUGGUGAAGGUGAAGGUGAAGUAGAAGGCCAAGGGGAGGCUGAGAUGGAGAGUGAAGGUGAAAUGCAAGAUGUUGAUCCUGGGCAUGGAGAGAGUGAGGGUGAAAGAGAUCAGAGUUCUCAGGAAAUAGAGGUUGGUGAUCAGAGGGUACAAAGUGAAGGAAGAGAUUCAGAGAGUGAUGAAAAAGAAGAAUAUGGUCAAAGAGUAGUGACUAGUAGGAGGCGGGAAGUAAUUGACAGUGAAUCAGAAAGAUCUGAGGAAAACCACUAUGGUGACAACGAAGAUGAGGAAGUAAAUCAAGCAAGAAGUCCAAGGUCUCCUGGGGAAGAGAAAGAUGAGGCUCACUUAUCCUCUGCUCCGGAGAUUCGUGAUGUGUUUGGGGAUUCAGAGGACGAAGAAGAGGCUGAUUAUGUUGUUCAGAAUAAAAUCGAUGAGGAGCAAAAUAUAUCCCCAAUGGAAGAAGAAAAUAGCUAUGGAAAAUUGAGGCAAGAAGAUAUUAUACCUGAAGAUGAUGGCGGAUACGAGUCUGAAGAAGAGAAUGUGGAAUCUAAAACUAAGGAAAAACCAGUUGGGCCCCCAUUAGAGCUGGAGAUUCCAUUGCGUCCACCACCAACUUAUUCAGACAACAUGAGCAUGAUCAAGGUUUCUAACAUAAUGGGCAUUGAUCCCAAGCCCUUUGAUCCAGAAACAUAUGUUGAAGAGGACGUUUUUGUGACUGAUGAAUCUGGAUCCAAGAAGCGCCUAAGCUUAGUUAACAACAUUGUUCGAUGGAGGAAAGUUAGAAAGCCUGAUGGCACAACAACUGUAGAAAGCAAUGCACGCUUUGUGGAAUGGUCUGAUGGCAGUGUGCAAUUAAUGAUUGGAAAUGAAGUUCUGGACAUAUCUACGCAAGAUGCGCAGCAUGAUCAUUCACACCUGUUUCUUAGACAUGGAAAGGGAAUACUUCAAUCACAAGGGAGAAUUUUAAGCAAGAUGAGGUUUAUGCCUUCAUCAUUGACAUCGAACUCUCACCGUUUAUUGACUGCCCUUGUUGAUUCACGUCAUAAGAAGGUUUACAAAGUGAAGAACUGUUUCACUGACAUUGACCCUGAGAGGGAGAAAGAGCAAAAGGAGAAGGCUGAAAGCCAAACAAUCAGAGCAGGUGUACUCCUCAAUCGGAAAAAGGAGAAGGUCAGCCGCAAAUACAUGCCUACGUUACGUAGGGAACGCCAACUCUCUCCUGGUUUCUUGGAGGAUGUGCCUGAGGAGGAAGAGGAUACUGAUUACUAUGACUCUCGACGGUCUGCUGCUCGCCGUCGCUUUGAAGAAGACUUAGAGAUGGAAGCUCAAGCUGAGAAACGAAUCAUUAAUGCAAAAAAGAAAGAUAUUCCUAGGCAAACAUCAUUGCCUGCUUCAAAGCAUUCUCGACGCCCUGUUGAUUUUGAUGACAGCGAGAAGGAGGAGUCUGAGUAUGAAACCGAAGAGGAUGAAGAGGAAGAAGAGAGGUCUCCACCGCGUAGAAGGGCUGUCCAGGAGGAGCCGGAAUAUGAAGAAGAGCAAGAGCGUGAUCAGGGCGAGGAGGAAGAAGCAUAUGAUGAAGAGUCAGAAGAGGAGGCUGAGGAGCCAAAGCAAAAUGUUAGGGAAUCAGCACCAAGUCAUAAGCGGAAAGGGAUUGAGUCAGAUGAAGAAUCUCCUCCAAGGAAGAACCCAAUUCAUCGCAGAAUGGCAAUUGUUUAUGACAGUGAUGAGGACUAACAUGUAAUGGCAUGGAAUCUAAGACAAGUUUGCAUUUGCCAGGCAAAUUUGCACAGGAGAUUGUCACAGGAUGGAAUGGGACGCUCAAAAGCCUGGGAUUUGAAAAGAGGCAUCAAGAGCCUGAAUGUUGUUCAGUUAUACAUCAUGACCUCCCUUAGGUUUAUACUUUCAGAUAUCUUUCUCAUGCUGAAUUUGGCAAUGAGCCGUAGCAGAACUGAUGUUACCUUUUUCUUCCCUGUCGUAUGAAUUGUUGUUUAAGAUGGAUAUAACCUGGGUUUUUUAUCGGUGACGUAUUUAUAAAUGAAACUUGAAACUUAGUACA